AUGGCAUCCACAGUCGCUGUUGGCGUCGGCAUCGCUGCCGCAGCUUUCUUCGGUCGCGCCGGUCUCGUCGCCUUCCGUCGGUGGCGCAAUCCCAACGGUCUCAAUGCCCUCGGCCGGCCAUUUUACAAAGGCGGCUUCGAAUCGAAAAUGAACAAGCGAGAAGCGACUUUGAUUCUCGACCUGAGCGAACGGACGCUCUCCAAAGAAAAGAUCCGAAAGCAUCACAGGGCCCUGAUGCUCGCAAACCAUCCCGACCGAGGCGGUAGCCCGUACCUGGCGAGUAAAGUCAAUGAAGCAAAGGAGUUACUGGAACGGGGCGGUUGA